AUGGAUCUAUUCAAUAAGAUUGUGGGCAGAAAAUCGCGCUCAAAGUCGCCCGUCAAAAAAGAAUCGACGAGGAAUCAACAAUUCCCAACACCGAUCUCCGCUUCUUAUUCCCAGCAAGCCGCUCAUCAAAUAUCUCCGAAUCAUAUCCCGAAUGGCCGAUUCAGUCACAGUACUCAUUCAAGGGUUAACCCAAAAAAUUACCCAAAUGCGACGCCGAUGCGACAUGGAGAACGGGGAGAACGAGGAGAACACUAUCCGGUACCGGAAUACCCUCCCGUUUGUUAUCUUCCCCUUCCACCGUCGCCCCUCUUUGUGAGUCGAAACACGUCCGGCAACAGUAAUGCCUCAGCGGAAUCGGUGCAAACGUGGAAUUCGGAGAAAAAUGCUGAAGAAUCAUCGUUUUUCCUCAAUGGAACACACACUCCUACACAGCCAGGAGAAUUCGGGGGUUUCCUCGAUUCAGCGCCACAAAGUCCCGUUCAGUCAUCCGGCUACCGGGCCCGUUCACAUUCCCCACAAAAGAGACAUGACAUACCCAGCCAAUACAAUGAAAUGGCAAGGAUAGCGUCGAGAUCAAAAUCACCUCAAAAGAAAAAGGCGGUCGCGCGAACACUUGACUACCUCAACAGUCAAUGUCACCUUGAAGGAUGCUCGGCUACCGUAGUCGUUGAUGCGACAAAGUUUCUCGUUUGUAAACAUCAGCUAUCGCACGCUUCCGAGUACUUUCGGAAUGUUUUCAACGCAGAGGGUGGGCAAAAUGAAGUGAAUGUGGUUGUCUCCGAUAUGUCCGUCCCUUCACCCGCCACACAAUUUCGAUGGUUUUUGGAGAGUUCUGUGCCAUGUCCCGGAUUGAAAGAUAUUUCCGAUGAAACCCUCGAAACAUGUAUGCGAUUGUCGAAAAGAUUUCAAGCGAUCGGUCUCGAGGCUCGGUGUAAUAAAUAUAUUCAUCAGAAUGCUUUAUCAAGGCAACCAAUUGUUGCUUUAUGUUGGUUGAACUGGUGUCUAAAGCAUCGUUUUGAUCUCCAAGUUCAGCAAUCAUGUAUGCCGGCUGUGGCUCGAUUAUCUUUAACAAGUUUGGAACAACAUCGCCACAUGCUUACCGAAAAACUUUUCGGCGAUUUGUUAGCAGCCAAGUUGAGAGCCUGUUAUGACAAGGCGGUUUCUGUCUUUCAAACGAUUCAUAAAAUGGAUCAUUUCACUUGUGAAUUACCCCAAUGCCCUCGAUGUGGACGAACAAAAGAUCACAUGAAAGUGAGAGUGCUCGCCAAUCCAUGCAGGAAAAUGGUUGGCUGUGAGCGCUGCAUGAUGGACUAUGGAUGUGAGAUUGAAGCAAAAGCAGUUACCGAUCUUCAAGCAUAUUAUCAAUGCCCACACGCACUUCUACCAUUGAAUGACGCGACAGAAGAGUGUCACUGUCAGACAUCAAUCCUUUCUUCACAUCUCCGAUCGGCAGCUACGUCGAGUGAUCGGACGAGAGCCACAAGUCGACCACGCCAAAGAAUUCCCAGCGAAAGAUCACAUAAGCCA